AUGUUGGCAAAGGAUACAGCCAAUGCAUAUCUCCACGACUACACGACCUACAGACCCAACCUCAACGUCGCCAAAGAGCGAAACACACGGAGACUGAAAGGUCCACAUGAAGAUCGCAGAGCCUGGAAGUUCUUUCAAGCAUUUAAAGAUAUCAAGCAGCGAUUCCAGGUUUCCAACGACAAUAUCUAUGCUAUGGAAGAUGCCGCAUUUGUUACCACCAUGUAUCGAAAGGCAAGCCUUAUGUUCGUUCGACCAACGAACCAAAACCACAAGAGAGAAGAACGGGCAUUCUCAUCUGUUAUGCAUUGCUGCUCAACACGAGGAAAGCACCUGCCCCCGUACAUUGUCUGCAGAAGCCAAGAUCCACCGCAGACCAAGAACUUUGGUCGAAUCAAGGUGUCUUUCACUCAGUCGGGCUGGGCCGAGGCGAAUCAUGCACUUGACUGGCUGAAGACCGUCUUCCAGUCAGAGACCCGACCCAGAGGUCGGCGUGACGCAUGGAGAAUUCUGCUGAUUUCCCAUCGAUUUCGCAUAGUCUUCCCGGAGUUCGAAAAGUGCUGCUGGGAAAACAGGAUCGCUUGUCUUUCUUUUCCCCAGAACGAUCAACAGUUCUUUAACCCAAUCGAAAACAUCGCUUUUGGGCCGAUGCAAAAGAGCUAUACCGAGUAUAUGAGAAAGAGAUUCUCCGAUAACAAUGAGAACGCCAUCACACUGGACGUGGAGGAGUUUGCAUCAUGGAUCAAUGGAGAGGUAGCUUCCUCUAAGCGAGCAGAAGAAGCUGCAGAUUUUUGGCGUCAAAGCUGCCUUGUGCCGCUAGAUGAAUUCCGUCUUCGCAACUGCCUCCAAGGGAAUCGAGCUACGGCCGCGCCUGAGGAUAGAGCCUCCAUUCUCGAUAGCCGUCUCUACUCGGAUGAUACUUUUUCGACAAUCUCGAGAACGCGGGCCACACCUCGAACAAGUGUUCCUUUACCCGUCAUCCCAUCCACGGAGGAAAUGAGCCGACACUCCACCCCCGAGUAUUCACCUCCUUCACCACGACAAUCACAAGAGAGCCCAGAGGGAGACGACAGCUCUGAUUCGGAGGGAAGUCAAUCCGACAGUGAGCCUGAGGCUUUACACAAUCACCAGCCCAUCACACCAUGCCGGACCCCUAGGUUGUCAAACUCUUCUCGGGCCACUCCAGGGGCACACUCAUCUGAUUCGGUCAUGUCGUCCAAGAAACAUCGAGACAUCUUGGAUAAAUUCAUAGAAGGGUCGCCUAAAACACAAAAGAGGUAUCGAGACGACUUAAUCCUGGAUCGCGGGGAUCUAGAGAAAGAGAAUGCUCGUCUGAAAGAAAGGGUUGAGCUCUUGACACAGUUUGCGGUUAAGAGACGGAGACUCGACUGA